GCAUCAUCGACAACGAUCAGGCUGUCUCCUGUCAACUUGCAUCGCUUCCUGUCGCUCCUGUCUGCUUCGGCCUUGAUAGACUGAAGCGUCUGCCGCAUGAUUCGUUGGUGCCUGUCUACUUAGGAAGAUUAGGCUGCACUACCUUUCCUCUUCCACCACGCUCUCCUAGUCCAGCCACCCGCCCCUCUCCUCGUCCUACACAUCGUCGUUUGGCCUCGCGAACCAUUUAACUAGCUAGACUUCGGACUGAAGACCAUCCCAUACGCGCCACCCUCCAUCAUGUCCAAGCAUCCGAUUACUGGAAACACCCGUCAUGGACUCUCGUUGGAUGCAGGUCGGACUCGGUCAGAAGAAUCCUGGAUCGAGAUAUCCUCGCAGCCUUCAUCAUCGUCGCUCUCCUCGGCUGCCGACGAGAUUGUGACAACCGGCCUCCGUGUUCACCAGACAUCCGCCUCUUAUCGCCGAAGACGUCAAAGACCUGGUCGACCCUCGCGACUCAACAUCGCUAGUCGUGCUGGCAGUGUUGGAGCUGCCAGCAGCCAGGAAGAAUAUGAAGAGAGCGAGAGUGACGAUGAUCAUAUCAUAUCAUCUUCUGCCGAGGGACUGACGCUUCCCGCCACGCACACCAGAGAGGCAAUGCUCGAGUCUUCGGACGACGAUGAGAACAGAACUGCCGUCAACUACCCUAUCAACAGCGACAGUGCUUUUACACCCCAGCCGAAUGCCUUCUCUCACCCCUCGGCCCAUUCUGCCAGACGUACCAGUCAACCUGUUCCUGGCUCCUACUUUCCCGCCCAACCCGAACGCCGUUCCUCUGCAAGACACUCAUACCCUUCUCGUGCAGACGCUCGAGUUCAACAUUCGCCUUUCAACAUGCUCUCGCCAAGUCAUAAUGCAGCUGCUGACCAUGAAGCCGCUCUCCGCGCCAGUCUGUCCACUCUGCAAUCUUUCGCUGCUGCUGCCCGUGGCCUACCCAAGUCAAACACUCGCCCGGCAGCUGUUGCUGCUCCUCCAUCCUCAAACAGGAUCCAGCCAAAUACGCUGCGUAUGGUACCUGCCUCUGCCUUGGAGAACAACUCACCUCCCCUGACUCAGAACGUCGAGCCGACCUUCAAGCCAACCAUUCGCCGUGCGUCCACAUCCACCUCUGCAUCUGCCGACGUCCGUUCCACAAAGUCUGAAGCCAAGCGGAAAGGAGCCUCUGGUCGCGGCUCUUCAAAAGAACGUAGAGCUAUCAAGAAACGUCGCAACUCUGGCGCUCUCUACGGUGUUGAUGAAAUGACUGUCAGCCCUACCCUCUUCACAUGGGUCGUUAGUGUGGGCGUGGUAGUCGUUUUCAGUGCCAUCAGCUUCUCAGCAGGCUACUCGAUGGGCAAAGAUGCUGGCAGGUUUGAAUCCGGUAUGGCUGGCACAGCGGACGGAGCUACAGCCUGCGCAAGAGAAGCAGGCAAGAGCGGGCUUGGGUUCAAAAAGUCCAGGUUGUUCAGCAUCGCCUCUGGCGUUGGCGUUGGCGCUUGAUUACAAGGUCACAGACCAUAGAUCGAGACGAGAAGAACAGUUAGGUACGAGGAGCAACUGCUGUUUACGUGAAUAUGGAAGAAUGGGAUGACUACGAACGCGCAUGAAGGGAUCUCGGACAUUUGGGCGUUUAUGGUACUUGACAGUAAAGGCGUUCUAAUUUCAAUUUCCUGGAAGGCAUAAUACCACUGUUUUUCUGAUUAUAGUAGGCUUGGGAGGGAUAUAAGCGAUUGAGAUGAUCAAUAUGCAGAUAUGAUGAAAUUGAGA